AUGAAAUCGAAGAGAUAUACAAAAAAUAAGAUUCGGAAAAAAACCUCUCGCGUUCGGUGGACCCUUCAUUCUGCAUUCGGUUGUCCGACCCUUCACUCUGCAUUCGGCUGUCCGACCCUUCACUCUGCUUCCGAUGGUCCGACCCAUCACUCUGCGUCCGGUGGUCCGACCCAUCACUCUGCGUCCGGUGGUCCGACCCAUCACUCUGCUUCCGGUGGUCCGACCCUUCACUCUGCAUUCGGUGGUCCGAUCCUUCACUCUGCGUCCGGUGGUCCGACCCUUCACUCUGCGUCCGGUGGUCCGACCCUUCACUCUGCUUCCGAUGGUCCGACCCUUCACUCUGCCUCCGAUGGUCCGACCCUUCACUCUGCGUCCGGUGGUCCGACCCUUCACUUUGCGAUCAAUCCAAUCGAUAUUAUGUAA